CAAAACGAUUGUUGAUCAAACCGGUUUCUCUUUCUUUAUUUCAUACAUUAGUGAUAUAACUGGAGGAGCAUUUUUAUCUUUUCCGCUGGACUAGCUGGCAAAAAUAAAAUACAAAUUAAAAACUAGAUACCAACCAAAAGCAAAACGGCAGGCAACGGAACUCAAACUUUCUGUCGAGUGUCGGUUCGGUCUUCGGUCAUGACAUUUUGCUCUCGCCCUUCAGACUAGCUGGACGUGCGAACUGUGAACAUACGCUUACGCUUACGCCAAACUAAUAAAAACAUUACAAGCGGGACAUAGACAUAAUAAAGUAAAAUAAGAAAAUAAAAAUAAAUAGUGAAAGAAAGACAAAAAUAAAAUUUCACACCAAAUAUACCAAAAACAAAAAGAAAAAAAUAUCUUAUUCUUUUAUGUGCUGUCAUUCAUGCACCUGCGUGCGUAUAUAACAGUUUAGUACGAUAAAAUUCUUUUUUUUUUGCUUUUGUUGUUGUACUGUAAAUGAUUUAUUAGUGCUCUCACUUCCUCUAACCAACCACCCACCUCGAUUGUGUGUUCAUUCUACUGUCGUUCGCGUCUUGUGCGAGUUGUCAUUUUUGACCUUCAAAAUUCCUUCAAAUCGACGCAGCACUAGUUUAGUUGUUGGAAACCAUCAACGAAAAAGAUAAAAUAAAAUUUCAAAAAAAGAAAAGAAGAAACAUCCGAGAUCCAAAUCCGAGAGACUAGAGAGACAGUGAAUCUUGUUUUAUUUUUUACACAUCAAAAGUUUAAAACAAAACAAGAAAAUCGUGCAGAAAACAUCAUCACCUGCAUCAUCGUAUCUACACAAUACACAAUAAGAUAAAUACAAAUAAAAAUAAUGGAUAAAGAGAUAAGUGCAACGCUAGAAACGAUUGCUAUUAAUAGUGAUUUAUGCAAAGAGAAGUACAAAAGCAAAGAAAAGUCAAAAACUGGUGCAGCGCCGAAGAUCUUCAGUGAAAAAUCAAAAAUGAUUCGCGAACACUGCAAAGAACUCAUCCUCACGGAAGAGCAAAUAAAAGAAUUAAAUUAUCGCAUUUUGCACGAGAUCAAACGUGGCCUGGCUAAGGAUACCCACGACCGCGCUAAUGUGAAGUGUUUUGUAACAUACGUGCAGGAUCUGCCCAAUGGCAAUGAACGGGGAAAAUUUUUAGCCCUCGAUUUGGGUGGCACCAAUUUUCGUGUGUUGCUGAUUCAUCUCAAGGGCGAAAAUGACUUUCAAAUGGAGUCACGUAUCUAUGCGAUACCGCAGCAUAUCAUGCUUGGAUCUGGAAUCCAGUUAUUCGAUCACAUCGCUGAGUGUCUGUCGAAUUUUAUGAACGAACAUGAUGUGUAUAAAGAGCGUUUGCCCUUGGGUUUCACAUUUUCGUUUCCACUGCAGCAACUGGGCCUGACGAAGGGCUUGCUUGUUACAUGGACAAAAGGUUUCAACUGUGAGGGGGUUGUCAACGAGGAUGUUGUGCAGCUGCUGAAGGAUGCCAUUGCUCGGAGGGGAGAUGUGCAGAUUGACGUUUGUGCUAUUCUCAACGACACCACUGGUACUCUUAUGUCAUGUGCCUGGAAGAACCACAACUGUAAGAUUGGCCUGAUUGUGGGAACGGGUAGUAAUGCGUGCUACGUGGAACGAGUAGAGGAAGCUGAACUGUUCGAUGGCAAAGACAAUCAAAAGACCCACGUACUCAUCAACACAGAAUGGGGAGCCUUCGGAGACAAUGGAGCUCUGGACUUUGUGCGGACAGAAUACGAUGACGACGUGGACAAGCAUAGUAUUAACCCGGGUAAGCAAUGUUUUGAGAAAAUGAUUUCUGGUAUGUAUAUGGGCGAGUUGGUGCGUCUGGUAUUGGCUAAGUUCGCGAAACAAGGAAUUCUCUUCAAGGGCCAGGAGUGUGACAUCCUAAUGACCCGUGGAACAUUCUUCACCAAAUACGUCUCAGAAAUCGAGGCGGACGAGGUCGGUAACUACACAAACUGCCGGAGUGUGCUUGAAGAACUUGGCCUAAACAAUGCCACCGAUGAAGACUGCGAGGAUGUGCGCUUCAUCUGCGAAUGUGUGUCGACGAGAGCAGCUCAUCUCGUGAGUUGUGGCAUUGCCACGCUAAUCAAUAAAAUGAACGAACCCUUUGUCACUGUCGGAGUGGAUGGCUCUGUGUACCGUUUCCAUCCAAAAUUCCACAAUCUUAUGUUCGAAAAGAUCAAGAGUCUCAUCAAGCCUGGCAUCCAUUUCGACUUGAUGCUCUCUGAGGAUGGUUCUGGACGAGGUGCCGCCCUGGUUGCGGCUGUUGCUUGCAGAGAGGAUGAAGAUGAUUAGAAUUACAAUUAAACAAAAAUAAAAUAAUGAAACCUAAUUUGAAUUAUCCCAUUCUUGUUACCAGCUCGCAGCGCUGUUCAUUAACUUAACAUUUUUUCGGAAAACAAAAAUAACGGUCGUGGUUAACGGAGUCGCAGUCGGAGGCGGAUGAGAGAUUUAAAUUUAUUAAUUUUUUGAGCAUAGUACAUUAAAGGAAGAAAAUUACUGAUGGAUAGAUGUCAGGAUGUAGGAAGAAGUGGAGCGCAAACAGAAACAUACAACAUUAUAUAUUUCUUAAGAUUAUAAUCAAAUAAUUAAUUACACUUUAUAUUAUAUCUAUAUUUGGAUUUGUUGUAAUAUUAUUGGUUUAGUAUUUUAUUUUAUUUUUUUUUGCCUAGAUAUAAAGUGGAACUUAAUUUUUUUAAAACAUAAAAAGCCACACGUUUUAUCUGUUUUAUUCUCGAGCAGUUUUAAUUUAUAUUCAAUUAUAUACUUGGUACAUAGUUAGAGAGAUGUAAGAAAAAAGGAAAAGAGAAGAAAAAACGCUGCUGCUUGUUUGUAAAGUGUAGAAAAAAUGUAUUUAAAGUAUUUAUUUAAAAAUAAAAAUAAAAAAACAGAAAAAGCAAAAGAAAACAACCAAAACCUCAAUCAAGAAAAAGAAA